AUGAGCGACCGGAGGCCACAAGCCCAAGAUGGCUACUUUUUAGCUUUGUGCCCUGCAUGUUCCUUGGCAAACCAUGGCAAGGGAUACGGAAUGCCACAAGUAGUCAUCGAAGUUGGUGCGUUCCGGCUCUCGCUAUAUGAGCUCCCUCCUUCCCUAGGCAAUGCAAAGAUGCCACCAAAAACAAGGAGAAAAGAAAGCCUAAAAGGGUGAAGAAGGAUUUUCAUUAUGAAGUUAAUUAGCUUCUCUGAGUCAAGCUGCACCUUUUCAAGAGGAGGAAUUAGAGGGAUUUAAUUGCUUUAUCAGCCUUCUCUUUGAUUUUCAGCAAUCAGGCCGAUUCCAUUUAAUUUAACUGCCACAGAUGAGAAGAAAAUUGAUGCACUCACCUGCCUUGGAGCAGAAAAGAGAAAGAGAGAUGGGGGGAGGGGGUGGGGAGGAAGGAAAGGAAAGUCAAGAAAUUGGCAGAUUAAUGAAAACCAACAGCAUUUGCUCCCAAUUGGAACGAUGUGCCUUGCCCCGAGGUGUUGGGAUCUUUGUGUGUGUGUGUGUGUGUGUGUGUGUGUGCUUCUGCAGUGAGGUGCACAGCGAUGCGAGACCCAUCUUAAUGGUAGCAAUGGGGAGAAACAGGGGGCUGCUCUGCCUUCGGGAAGCAAGGGAAUGCAUUCUCAAGGAGGUCGGGGACCAAUUAAUGCACAUAUACAUGGAUGAUGUCAAGGAAGAGCAAAUUAUGGCUCAGGAGCAGGUAGCCUACAAAGUCCUGGCUCAGUCUUGGCAAGUCCUUCCAUUGGGUGAUCAUCCAAUACCAACCAAUGCCAGUUCCAUGCUAUGGAAUCUGUAGGCCUUGCCUAGCUGAAGAACAUUUACCACAGGCUUUCUCCCCAUAAAAAUCUACUUUUAUUUAUACCUACUUAGUGCCUGAUCACCUCAUCUGUCUCCUGAGAAAUCUCUAUAUGGGACAAGAAGCUACAGUUAGAACUGGAUAUGGAACAACUGAUUGAUUCAAAAUUGGGAAAGGAGUACGACAAGGCUGUCUAUUGUCUCCCUGCUUAUUUAACUUAUAUGCAGAAUUCAUCAUAUGAAAGGCUGAGAUGGAUGAAUCCCUAGCCGGAAUUCAGAUUGCCGGAAGAAAUAUCAACAACCUCAGAUAUGCAGAUGACACAACCUUGAUGGCAGAAAGUGAGGAGGAAUUAAAGAACCUUUUAAUGAGGGUGAAAGAGGAGAGCGCAAAAUAUGGUCUGAAGCUCAACAUCAAAAAAACGAAGAUCAUGGCCACUGGUCCCAUCACCUCCUGGCAAAUAGAAAUGGAGGCAGUGAGAGAUUUUACUUUCUUGGGCUCCAUGAUCACUGCAGAUGGUGAGAGCAGCCACGAAAUUAAAAGACGCCUGCUUCUUGGGAGAAAAGCAAUGACAAACCUAGACAGCAUCUUAAAAAGCAGAGACAUCACCUUGCCAACAAAGGUCCGUAUAGUUAAACCUAUGGUUUUCCCAGUAGUGAUGUAUGGAAGUGAGAGCUGGACCAUAAAGAUGGCUGAUUGCCGAAGAAUUGAUGCUUUCGAAUUAUGGUGCUGGAGGAGACUCUUGAGAGUCCCAUGGACUGCAAGAAGAUCAAACCUAUCCAUUCUUAAGGAAAUCAGCCCUGAGUGCUCACUGGAAGGACAGAUCGUGAAGCUGAGGCUCCAAGACUUUGGCCACCUCAUGAGAAGAGAAGACUCCCUGGAAAAGACCCUGAUGUUGGGAAAGAUGGAGGGCACAGGAGAAGGGGACGACAGAGGACGAGGUGGUUGGACAGUGUUCUCGAAGCUACGAACAUGAGUUUGACCAUGCGGGAGGCAGUGGAAGACAGGAGUGCCUGGCGUGCUCUGGUCCAUGGGGUCACGAAGAGUCGGACACGACUAAACGACUAAACAACAACAACUUGGCUGCAUACGCUCAUACAUUUCCAUUCGCAGCAUCAUUGAGGGACUUGGUUCUUUGCUGUUUCCCAGCAUUCUUUGUUUUGAAUAUUCACAGAGGCAUAAGUUGGAGAUUAAUAGGGGUUCUUAUCAUCACAUCUUUAUUAAUUCAUAGAAAUAUUUAUAUACUAUUACUUAAUAAAAUAUAUCAAAGCGGUUUAAAACCAAAGUACAUAAAGCCAUACGGUAAAAAAGCAUGUCAAAAAGAUUAAAAGCCAGCCAGCAAUUAACUAUUGUGGAAAGAUACAUUUUUAAUUGCCUGCACAGGCCUGGUGGAAUAGAAGAGUGUUCAGUAGGCGUUUAAAAGUGGAAACAGAAGACACCUGCUGAAUCUCUACAGGUAUUUACAGUCACCCAUAAUACUGGACCAGUGACACUAAAAGCUCUAUUUCUUGCUUUCAAACGAGUCUCACCAACUUGAGGAAUGACCAACGGACCUCUCAUGAAAACCCUAUUAGAAGAAGAUUAUGUGGGUUGUUUCUCGCAUUCAAACAUACUUUCCCUUGAAUUCAAAUCAUGAUUAAUUUUCCAGAUUUUGAAAAGUGCCCAAGUGUUAAUUAUAAAAGAACAACGCAGGAACCGAGUGUGUUGUGACUUAGAAACAAUUCUGUCCAUGGUACUGUUGACUGGAUUUGUUGUUGUUUGUUUAGUCAUUUAGUCGUGUCCGACUCUUUGUGACCCCCAUGGACCAGAGCACGCCAGGCACUCCUGUCUUCCACUGCCUCCCACAGUUUGGUCAAACUCAUGCUGGUAGCUUCGAGAACACUGUCCAACCAUCUCGUUCUCUGUCGUUCCCUUCUCCUUGUGCCCUCUAUCUUUCCCAACAUCAGGGUCUUUUCCAGAGAGUCUUCUCUUCUCAUGAGGUGGCCAAAGUAUUGGAGCCUCAGCUUCAGGAUCUGUCCUUCCAGUGAGCACUCAGGGCUGAUUUCCUUCAGAAUGGAUAGGUUUGAUCUUCUUGCAGUCCAUGGGACUCUCAAGAGUCUCCUUCAGCACCAUAAUUCAAAAACAUGGCGAUCAGCCUUCUUUAUGGUCCAGCUUUCACUUCCAUACAUCACUCCUGGGAAAACCAUAGCUUUAACUAUACGGACCUUUGUUGGCAUGGUGAUGUCUCUACUUUUUAAGAUGCUGUCUAGGUUUGUCAUUGCUUUCCUCCCAAGAAGCAGGCAUCUUUUAAUUUUGUGACCACUAGUAGUGUAUAAAUUUUGUGACUGUUAGUAGUGUAUAAAUUGAAUCACUUAUGAUUUGAAUCAUAGGGCUGGAAGGCCAUGUGAUCCAGCUCCCCACCUUGCUUGUUUAAUAUCUCAUCUUUUAUUUAUUUAAUAUCCCAACUUUUUCUUCCCUUUCUAUCCAUCCUAGUUUUCCUUCCACCCCUUUUGUAGCAGUAUAUUGGAUGUUGCUUGUAGUAUGUCUUUAUUUUAAAGUUUCUUAAAACAACAACAACAACGGCUCACUAUGUAAAAAGCAUCAGGGAUUUCAGGGUCUCCUGAAAUGUUUUAGGUUUACUUUUUAGGUGCCAAGCAAAGUUCAUCCUGUUCCCACAGUGGUUUUUAGGAUCUUUUUAUUGGCCUUAGGUGCUGUCCUUAUCAGGCUGCUUCUUUUGCCGUUUUAUCUUCUGUAGUUUUUAUGAGUCUUUUUUAUGAUAUAUGUUGUUUAUUAUGUUUUAAUACGGGGUUGUUCUGCAAGUCACUUUGCAGGCACUUGUCAAAAGGCUGGAUAUAAAUCCUAUAAGCAAGCAAAGAAGCAAAUGAACGGGCAAACAAACAAACAAACCAACAAACCAACAAACCAACCAUGGCCUCCAAAAUGGAAUAGCAAAUCCCAGAUUCUUGGUUUACAUUGGUGGCACUAAACUCCAAAGCUUGAGACUUAUCUCAGUUCUCAUGGCUGUAUAAUGUCCGCUUUUGAUAGACAUGUCUGAAAUAAAAACUGAAAAAGUGUCCCAGAUCGAUCAAUAUUUAGCUAAAGGAACUAGAAUUUAGGGGCACGGAGGACCAAGAAGGUAGCUCUUCUCCACGUUCCUCCACGUUGAAAGGGUUAAUUGGGAAUUAUUUCCCCCCAGGACUUCCAAUUAUAAGUCUCCUCCUUGCCAGCCUGCCACCCUCUACUGAGCUCAGGGAAUCAAAGGCUGGUUAUCGUGAAUAUUGAGCUGCUAUAACCUCUGUCCCCUUUUAUUAAAGUGGCACUGCCAUGAAUUUCUCAGUUAAUCACAUGUUGGCUUGCAGAGGUCAGGGAACUAAAGCAGAGCAGAGGAAGGUAAAAUGGUAUUAUGCAAAUGGACUCGGACGGGAGUCCACCCAGGAAGAAGGGGAUAAAGCAAAUAACUCUUCGAGGGAGAGGCGUGAAUCUCUGGCAUAGGUUUGCUCAAGUUCUUCCCGUUGGGAAGAGCAAAAUCAGGAGCGAAACCAGGGCUUUGGGGAAGGCAAGAGAAGACAUCCAAUGGCAUCCUGCAUUUUCUGAUGCUCAGGCUUUGCUCAUCUGCGAGAACAGAAUGGCAGGCAGAGAGCUUUGUGGGCUGAUCAGCUUGCUGGAGGGUGCAGGAUAAAAUUCCUGUGCUGUUGAGGGAAGCUUUUAAUGUUUACUAGAUUAUUGUAUUUUAAUAUUCUGUUGGAAGCCACCCAGAGUGUCUGGGGAAACCCAGCCAGACGGGCGGGGUAUAAAUAAUAAAUUUAAUUAAUAAUAAUAAUAAUAAUAAUAAUAAUAAUAAGAAUAAUAAUAAUAUUUUCAGCUGCUUACACUUUGCACAGAGGGACUUGAAGGCUAUGUCUUCAUCCGCUUGAAUACAGUAUCCCGUUACACAUACCCACUGGAAUUGUGGUGUGUGUGUGUGUGUAUGUCGAGGUUCCAGUUUUCAGCCUCUUGCCUCCCCACCCCUUCAUAGUUAUGGGACAGCAAGCUGGCCAGCUUUUUCAAAAAGCCAGCUCAACGUCAUGUACACGAAGAGCGACGUCUGAGAAGAGUGAAGUCCGAGACGUGGGGUUUUGUGACAAAUAAAAUAAAUCGCAAUAAUGAAUACAUUUCUGUCAUGCCUCCCCCUCAGAAGUCUUUCCCUCCUAAAGUAACUUCAGCUGUUGUAGCCUUUCAACUGCUAUAGCCCCCUGAUCACUUGAUCUGCGCCGUUUCUGACAUGCUUUCCCCCUCAGAUUGGAUGGCUAGAACUCUGUACAAUAUCCCAAGUGUAGCAACACCAUACAUAAAAACACGACGAUGGUCUUAUCAGCAGGAAUGGAAUACUUGUAUUGAAUCUCAUUUUGUCCUCCGUUCAGCCAGUUUGGAGAGAUUCCCUUUGAAGUUCUUCAGUGUCUGCUUGGGCUCCCAUCAUCCUGAAUUACUGGGCGCCAUUUGCAUAUUUGGCCAUUUCACUGUGCACCAAACAUCUCCAGAUCAUUAAUAAUCAAGUUGAAAGCACUGGUCCCAAAAGAUGUUCUGGGGACCACGCCACUUUUGACUUGCCUUCCCUUGUGAGAAAUUCCUCUUUUUUAAAUGUUCUCUGCUUCUUGUUCUUUAAGGUUUUCAUUUAUUUAAGCUGUUAGUUGCUUUUAUCUGCCAAAAGCAACCCAAAGUGACUUACAACCAACCCAACCUAAAUCCAAAAGAGGACUCGCCAUGACUUUUGGCCAUAUUUGGAAGUCCAAAUAUUUUCCUGCUUGCUCACACUUCCAUGACCCAUAGGAGAAAUAUUAAAUGACAUCUUCUAUUCCCUGAAGCUCCUGACAUCCAUCUUGCACAGUCUUCUUAGCAUCUUCAUAAUAAUUAUUUUUAUUGAAUAUUUUCACCGCCCUUGAUCUGCAGAUCACAGGUGGUAUACAAUAUAAAAACACAAAAAUGCAUAUUAUAAAAACAAAUGAAGACAAUACCCGCCUCCCUAGUUUAAAAGGCAAUAGAUUAAUUAUCCAAAGGCCUGGAAGAAGAAGAAUUUUUUGCUUGUGAUGCAUACCCUCCUUCAUUUUUCUGAUGAAAAUAGGGAUGUCCUAUUCAAUAACAAUGGGAUGCGGGUGGCGCUGUGGGUUAAACCACAGAGCCUAGGACUUGCCGAUCAGAAAUUCGGUGGUCCGAAUCCCCACGACGGGGUGAGCUCCCGUUGCUCGGUCCCAGCUCCUGCCCACCUAGCAGUUCGAAAGCACGUCAAAGUGCAAGUAGAUAAAUAGGUACCGCUCCUGCGGGAAGGUAAACGGCGUUUCCGUGCGCUGCUCUGGUUCACCAGAAGCUGCUUAGUCAUGCUGGCCACAUGACCCGGAAGCCGUACGCUGGCUCCCUCGGCCAAUAAAGUGAGAUGAGCGCCGCAACCCCAGAGUCGGUCACGACUGGACCUAAUGGUCAGGGGUCCCUUUACCUUUACUUAUUAUAUAGAACAACUUGAGGAUCUGCAAAACAAAUUAACUAGUCAGCUUCAACCAAUGGAACCUAAUCAAAUCAAGUCUGGGCAGGUGUUCAUUAAGAGAUGGGGGUAAUUUCUAUCUCCAUCACCUGGGCAAGUUAUCAGCUGUGGUCAUGCAGCAAAGUUUAUUGUGAUUCCUCCCUCACCACUGUGUGGACCUUGGGUGUAAGAGGCAAAAGGCACCCCCCCAGGACCCGCAGGCCAUGCCUGACAACAGGGAUGCCCACCAGCCAACACUGCCUCAGGUAAGUGUUCCAUUCUUUCUGAAAUCUUUUCAAAUGCCCAGACUGCAUGCCAGCUAACCAAACUUAAAGAACACCACUCAACAGUGUGGAGCAGGCAAAAAAAGAAGAAAAAAAGAGAGAAGGCCUGGAGCCAAUUAGGGUCUCCCCCCCCCCCCAAAGAAAAAUCCUACUCAGCCCCUGGAAAACAAACAACUAGCCUGUAGGCCCACACUGCAAAAAUCGAAUAAAGAAGAGGGAGGGAAAUAUUAUUUUAUGAUUUAUUAAAUUUCUAUACCACCCUUCUCCCAUAGAUCACAGGGUGGUUCACAGCAUAAAAAUACAAAAUGAAAACAGGCCGGGGAAGAGAGCCUGUGCUUUUUGUUUCCGUUAAAACAUGAUUCUCUGUCGAUAUAGAGAUCGCUCUUCUGCAUUAGGAAGCCACUGGCAGAACUUCUGGUUAGAAGUGUGGUCUUGCAGGCAUAUCAAGUACAUUUUUGGUGGUUAAUGCAUGCUCUUGUGUGUAACAAAUAUUUGUGCAAGCUAUGCGAGCAAUGGUCCAGGGCUCUGCCAACUCCGCUUUAGGAAGGAAGUUAACACUAGAUACCCAUUCAUUCAGCUAGGGAAACCCACCAGAAGAAAUACCUUCAAGCAUUUCUGGUUCUGUAUUUCCAUUCCGGAGCAAUGUAAUAAAGCAUCUUACUAAAUCAGCAAGUUAUUACAGUAGCAAGGGAGUACAAAAUGAUCGCUUGGAUUUAUUUACAAUGUUAUUCCAGGAUAGGAAGGGUGUGGCAAAUUUGUUCAUGGGUUGAAUGGCUCCAUCUGGUACACAGGCUGAGACCCUACCUGCCUGCAGACUGCCUUACCUGAGUGGUGCAUGCUCUAGUUAUCUCCUGCUUGGACUACUGCAAGGAGCUCUAUGUGGGGCUACCCUUGAAGGUGACUUGGAAACUGCAGUUAAUCCAGAAUGCGGCAGCUAGACUGGUGACUGGGAGUGACCGCCGAGACCAUAUAACACCGGUCCUGAAAGACCUACAUUGGCUCCCAGUAUGUUUCCAAGCACAAUUCAAAGUGUUGGUGAUGACCUUUAAAGCCCUAAACGGCCUCGGCUCAGUAUACCUGAAAGAGCGUCUCCACCCCCAUUGUUCUGCCCAGACACUGAGGAACAGCGCCGAGGGCCUUCUGGUGGUUCCUUCACUGCGAGAAGCCAAGUUACAGGGAACCAGGCAGAGGGCCUUCUUGAUAGUGGCUCCCGCCCUGUGGAACGCCCUCCCACCAGAUGCCAAGGAAAUAAACAACUACCUGACUUUUAGAAGAUAUCUGAAGGCAACGCAGUUUAGGGAAGUUUUUAAUGUUUGAUGUUUUCUCGUGUUUUUAAUAUUCUGUUGGGAGCUGCCCAGAGUGGCUGGGGAAACCCAGCCAGAUGAUGGGGUAUAAAUAAUAAAUUAUUAGUAUUAUUAUUGAGUCUGCCCCUCACAACGGUCUCGUGAAGGGCUCAAUCAAUGUCGUUCCUAAGCUUUGGUAGGAAAAGUAAGGUAGAAGGCUUCGCAAAGAGUCUAAAAGUGAAACGAGAAGCCGAAUGGGGUUCUGCCAGGUGGUAGAGUGGUGAGAUGUUGAGGAGAGAAUAAGCACAGCAGGGCCCUCCAGAACAGGCCAUCUAAUUAACUGCUUGCUCUCAUUUUAUUUCCUUCAAUCUUUCCACUCCUGCAUCAUUUGUUCCCUUGUUUAAGUGAAACAGCAAGAUACUUCUCAAAAUUUUAAUUCUGAAGUGCUGCAGUUGAGUCCUGUUGGGCGGGAUGUCCUGGGGGCUUUGUUCUUGAUGGUGUUGAGAGAGCUGGCGUUCCUGGGGUUAUCGAAACUCAACAGGUUUGGGGGAAAUGGAAGAACAAGGAUAUCUGCAAGGGACCCGAAAGGGCAUUUGUGCCGCUCACAACCAUUACAUUAUUUGCCCUCACCCCUGGCCCUGUCAGACUUUGAAUGAUGUUGCCUUUCCAUAGCUGUGUCGCUGCGAUGGUGGUUGCCAUUUUUCUUCGCUACCGAGGCCUUGUAUCGAGGGCAGAAAUCCAGCUUUUUCUGAGGAGAAGCUGAAAUCGUAGGAAAGCAAAAUCUCUUGGAUUUCUGCCUAUGCUCGCAUCUACACCAGAGAUUGAAAGCCCAUUGUUCUCCAGCUAGAUAGCUCAGCUGGUUAGAGCAUGGUGCUGGUAAUGCCAAGGUUGCAGGUUUGAGCUCCACAUGGGACAGCUGCAUAUUCCUGCAUUGCAGGGGGCUGGACUUAGAUGAUCCUCAGGGUCCCUUCCAACUCUACGAUUCUAUGAUUCAGAGAAUCCUGGGAGCAGUAGUUUGUUAAAAGUGCUGGGAAUCAAAGCUCUGCAAGGGGUACACUACAGUUCCCAGGGGACUUUGGGGGAAGUUGUGUGUUUUCAUGUAGCUCAGGCUUCCUCAAACUCAGCCCUCCAGAUGGUUUUUGGUCUACAACUCCCAUGAUCCCUAGCUAGCAGGACCAGGGGUCAGGGACGAUGGGAAUUGUAGUCUCAAAACAUCUGGAGGGCCGAGUUUGGAUCUAAUCCAACCUCCUACAAUGCAGAAAUACACAGCUGUCCCAAACAGGGAUCAAACCUGCAACUUUGGCACCAUCAGCACCAUGCUCUAACCAACUGAGGUAUCCAGGCUCAGGGACUAAACAGAAAUGUGGGGGAGCCCUUUGAAUGUUCAUUGAAUGCUGGGCAGUGGGUUCAAGACUCUUCAGGAGCUGCAAAUAAAGGGAACUUGAAAUGGCUACCAAACCAGCAUGUUUCAACUAGAGUGAACAUGAGAGAGAUCUGCAUUGGCUCCCAGUACGUUUCCAAGCACAAUUCAAAGUGUUGGUGUUGACCUUUAAAGCCCUAAACGGCCUCGGUCCUGUAUACCUGAAGGAGUGUCUCCACCCCCAUUGUUCAGCCUGGACACUGAGAUCCAGCACUGAGGGCCUUCUGGCAGUUCCCUCCCUGUGAGAAGUGUGGUUACAGGGAACCAGGCAGAGGGCCUUCUCAGUAGUGGCGCCCGCCCUGUGGAACACCCUCCCUUCAGAUGUCAAAGAGAUAAACAACUAUCUGACAUUCAGAAGACAUCUGAAGGCAGCCCUGUUCAGGGAAGUUUUUAAUAUUUAACGCUGUAUUGUUUUUAACACUUGAUUGGGAGCCGCCCAGAGUGGCUGGGGAAACCCAGCCAGAUGGGCGGGGUAUAAAUAAUAAAUUAUUAUUAUUAUUAUUAUUAUUAUUAUUAUUAUUAUUAUUAUUUCACUAUGGUAAAGGAUGCGAGAGAGGUUAUCUUGGCCUAGCAAGAUCGCCCCACCUCAAAUUAUUAGUGCCUUAGGUUAAUUUUCUGUUUUCAGGUAGGAAGUCUCUUCCUUUUUUUUUUUUUAAAAUAAUUUUUAUUAACCGGCCAAUCAAAUCAAAUCAAAUCAAAUCAAAUCACAUCACAUAAAUUCCAAAUUACAAAGCCGAAUUUUACAUUUUUUGUUGGGGGGACCCAUAUUUCAAGUUCUGAAGGAGAUUCCAAUGAUCUUCUUGCUGCUGCGUUAAUAUCCACAAAUCUGUCCAAAUAAUGUUCAUAAUUCUAUCCAGUCCUAUCUUGCUGUUCCCACAUCUCGUCUUGUUCGUAUAUUUUUCUUUUUUUCUUUAUGAUCUCUUCUGAUAAUCUCCUUAAGCAGGUAAACACCAGUUAUAAUCCUGUAUGAAUUUUUCCGUUCGUCCAAUCAUCAUGUUGAGAUGGUUUCCAUAUAUCAUCACUUUCAUAAAUAAAAGCACUCUUUCCAUCAUUAGUCUCGCAAAUCUGUCGCCUUCUUUAGUCCCUCUGAGGAGGCUGACCCACAAUAUGAAAACAGAUCUAUUUCUCCUCCCAGACAUAAAUCUUUCGACAGAACUUGCCAAAAUGGUGAUGCUAUUUUUUGCUGCGUCAUUCCAAAGCUCUUAUGCUUUCCACGAUCUCCUUAAAACAUGCUUUGGUUAGAAAAUUAUCUCCACACAGUCUUAAAUCCUCAGCUUAAGUCAUUUAAACGGCAUUUCUGACUUGUGGGGGGGGAUUCUUGGUUAAUCACAUAGAGAAAAGAAAGGAAAGUCCCCCCCCCAUCCAGUCCCUUUGCCGAACAUACCGAGCCUUGGUGUGUCUUCUCAUAAUUUAUGCCUGUUCCUCCGACCCGUCUUGUUUCUCAGAGAUCUCUUCAGUUAGCAGUCUUUACUCCCCAUUCUUCCUUGAAAUAUGUGCAUUAGCUUCCUCCUAAUUGUUUCUUUUGAAGUUGCUGCAGCUAGAGGCGCGAAUCAGAGACAGCGUCCAGGAGCGCCGAAAUCCGCACAAGGGCUUUCUGCCUAGUGCCCCCACCCCCUCAAGUUCGGGGGUGGUAUAGGGCACAGCAGGCAAGGGCAGUCCCCCCCCCACGCUUGGGGGGGGCUGGGAGGCUGUUUACUCCCAUCACAGCCUCUUAAUUACCUCGUGUGGGUCGGAGAGAUGUUAUUGUCAGCCAUCUUCCGAUGCGCCCCUAGUGGCCCCCGGUGGGAAGUCUCUUCCAACCCUACCUGGGACCGUCUGCAUACAAGGCAACCCUCCAACAUUUCUCACAUGAAAAUAGGGACGUCCCAUUCCAUAAUGAUAAUUUUACUAUUUAUACCCCACACAUCUUGCUAGGUUGGGGUUAUGGGAGUUGUAGUCCCAAAACAUCUGGAGGGCCGAGUUUGGGGAUGCCUGGAUUAGAUGAUCCUCAGAGUCCCUUCCAAUUUUACAAUUUCUAGGCACAAGUCCAAGAGGUUUCUGUUUGCCCCACUGCAGAAAACCUGAUUGAUGUUCUGAUUCAUUUUUUAAAAAUAUAAUAUUAUUUUUAUUUUUUCAAAUUAACAAUAAUAAUCAAAUACAACUACAUAUAGUUGUUUGGACUCCUCUCCUCUCCUUCCUUGGUUCCCUAUACAAGCAUUUGCAAAAGUGCAUCUCUUCCUUAACUCCUUUAUUAUACUUUAUACUUCUUCCAAAGUCACCUUUUAACUACAGUGGUUUGUUGUUGUUUAGUCGUUUAGUCGUGUCCGACUUUUUGUGACCCCAUAGACCAGAGCACGCCAGGCACUACUAUCUUCCACUGCCUCCCGCAGUUUGGUCAGACUCAUGUUUGUAGCUUCGAGAACACUGUCCAACCAUCUCAUCCUCUGUCGUCCCCUACUCCUUGUGCCCUCCAGUCUUUCCCAACAUCAGGGUCUUUUCCAGGGAGUCUUCUCUUCUCAUGAGGUGGCCAAAAUAUUGGAGCCUCAGCUUCAGGAUCUGUCCUUCCAGUGAGCACUCAGGGCUGAUUUCCUUCAGAAUGGAUAGGUUUGAUCUUCUUGCAGUCCAUGGGACUCUCAAGAUUCUCCUCCAGCACCAUAAUUCAAAAGCAUCAAUUCUUCGGCGUUCAGCCUUCUUUAUGGUCCAGCUCUCACUUCCAUACAUCACUCCUGGGAAAACCAUAGCUUUAACUAUACAGACCUUUGUUGGCAAGGUGAUGUCUCUACUUUUUAGGAUGCUGUCUAGGUUUGUCAUUGCUUUUCUCCCAAGAAGCAGGUGUCUUUUAAUUUCGUGGCUGCUGUCACCAUCUGCAGUGAUCAUGGAGCCCAAGAAAGUAAAAUCUCUCACUGCCUCCAUUUCUUCCCCUUCUAUUUGCCAGGAGGUGAUGGGCCCAGUGGCCAUGAUCUUCGCUUUUUUGAUGUUGAGCUUCAGACCAUAUUUUGCGCUCUCCUCUUUCACCCUCAAUAAAAGGUUCUUUUAACUACUUUUAACUACUAGCUUUUAAAUUAGCCCUGCUAAUGUAUUUAAUUGUUUUCAAUAUAUAUAUUUUUAAUAAUCCACACAUUUCCUCAUUCCUUGCUGAAAGUUCUUUCUUCGUGAUUUCUCAAUCAUCCCGUGAGUUUUGCCAUUUCCGCAUAGUCCAUUAACUUUGCUUGCCAUUCUUCCUUUGUUGGGGCAGUACCCUCCUUCCACCUCUGGGCAGAUAGCAUUCUGGAGGCUGCAGUUACUUACAUAAACAAUUUUGCCUGGUCUUUCGGUAUAUGCAUUCUGAUUCAGCAGCAAACUGUGGGUUUUCCUGCAUUGGUUGAAAGAACCUCUUGGACCUGGGACUCGAACUCACGGGACAAACGACAGUGUGCCUGAGCCUUCAGUGAAGGAAGUUCUGAGCUUGUGGCCCAAUGGUCUAACUCAGUAUGAGACAGCUUCCUUUGUAUGUAUUUUCUGUCAUGUUUGUUGAAUGGUGCAUGUCUUAAGCCAGGGGUCAGCAAACUUUUUCAGCAGUGGGCCGGUCCACUGUCCCUCAGACCUUGUGGGGGGACGGACUAGAUUUUUUUUUUAAAAAAGAACCAAUUCCUAUGCCCCACAAAUAACCCAGAGAUGCAUUUUAAAUAAAAGCACACAUUCUACUCAUGUAAAAACACCAGGCAGGCCCCACAAAUAACCCAGAGAUGCAUUUUAAAUAACAGGACACAUUCUACAGUGGUACCUCAGGUUAAGUACUUAAUUCGUUCCGGAGGUCUGUACUUAACCUGAAACUGUUCUUAACACGAAGCACCACUUUAGCUAAUGGGGCCUCCCGCUGCCACUGCGCUGGCGGAGCCCGAUUUCUGUUCUUAUCCUGAAGCAAAGUUCUUAACCUGAAGCACUAGUUCUGGGUUAGCGGAGUGUGUAACCUGAAGCGUAUGUAACCUGAAGCGUAUGUAACCCGAGGUACCACUGUACUCAUGUGAAAACACCAGGCAGGCCCCACAAAUAACCCAGAGAUGCAUUUUAAAUAAAAGGACACAUUCUACUCAUGUAAAAACACGCUGAUUCCUGGACCAUUCGCGGGCCGGAUUUAGAAGGCGAUUGGGCCGGAUCCAGCCCCCGGGCCUUAGUUUGCCUACCCAUGUCUUAAGCAAACUUAACAAGUGUUAUAUGGCGAUGCCUUGUGAUAGUGAAGAUGCAAGGAAUGAACUCGUGGAACAGGAAUGACUCUGUGCAUCACGGAUAUUUUGAAAUACCAGAUUCAAGAUGGAGCUUGAAUUGGUGGCAGUAGUUUAAUUGCAGCUUGGGGGUGUGUGUGUGUGCGGCAGGCUGACAUUUUUUAUUUACUUUUGUUAUUCUCAGGACUUCCAAUAUUGUGCUCCUUCAAUGGAACUUUCUCUCUUUCCUCGCCUCCUCUCUUCUCCUCUGCCUUCUACUCUUCUGUCUUGAGUUUGCUGCUUCUUGAUUAAAAUGUUGACUUUAACUUGGAAUUAACCUGAUUAAUGUAAUUGAAAGUAAAAGUCCGCUGCUCAGCACUUUGGGUGAUGAGUGGAGAUGGAUUGAGAAAGAAAGCUUUCAGAUUGAAUAUACUUCUCUCCCCUGGCUGUUAAUUGCUCCGUUUACUGGUACCUGCCUCACUGACCGUCACUGUUUAGUCCAGUUAAUGAUGAUACACAGUCCAUACUUUCCAGAGAUAAUUAAAAAACAUUUCAGCACAUAACGGUACUGCAGGGAGUUUUCCUCUCAGUCACAGGGAAAAAAGACCUCAGAGGGGAGCGGUGCGCUGGGAGGGGAACAUGUGCUGUUGCAAUCUCUGUAGAGUUUCACCCUUUUGGAAAAAAAGAAGCGUCAACUUUAAGUGCUGUUGCUAAUAUCUGUGCAGGUGUCUGUCUUAGGGAAGAGACAGGUAAGGAAUCCGCUCUGGGGAGAAAUGAGAGAGAAGUAAAAACAAAUUAAUGCAGGGUGGAAAGCCCCUCUUCCUAUCGUUGAUACCAGGCAUCCCCAAACUCAGCCCUCAAGAUGUUUUGGGACUACAGUUCCCAUCGUUCCUGACCUGUUACCUAGGGAUGAUGGGAGUUGUAGUGUACUGGGGGUGCCUUCCCUGCUUUUGGGGUUAGGGGUGAGAGUCUUGCUAUAGGGCAGGAGUGGAGAAGCUGCUGUUGGGCUGCAACUCCCAUCAGCUCCAUCCAGCAUGGGUGAGAGUUGAUAUUCAGCAGUAUCUGGAGGGCUACAGCCUCCCUGCUUCAGCUGUAGGGUGUGAGAGUCCUUGGUUGAACUCUUGGAAAGCCCAGCUGGGGCGGGGAUUGAAUGGCUUCUUCCAGUUUCCUAAGAAGAGAGCUUUCCCUUGUUGCAGGAAACCACCACCCCCAUCAUUCAGUUUGUACAAACACCACACACACACACACACACACACACACACACGCACGCACACACAUGACAUAUGCAACGUUUCUGUUAUAAAUUCAUAGUAAAUCAACCAUACAUCUGAUUUACACGGGUCCACUUUUAUUUUACUCCAUGAAGGAAGGACUAUCAAAGGGGGAUGGUUUGAUACAGGACAGCCAUAAUCCCUUAACCAUACCAGCACAUACACAGGAGCCCUACCCAGUUGGCAUGGCAACCUUGAUGGUCCCAGACAGAAGACCAUCCAGGUCACAAAGGACUUGCAUAUGGGAGUGGAUUCAACAUGGACUGGAACAAAGGACAAUGAUCUGAUCUUCCCUCUGGGGGCAGGAAACUGCCAGCUCCCUUUUGUCCUCUGGAAAUGACUCAGGGGGAGGUGCCAGGUGACAAGAUACUCAGGUUACUUCCACAACCCCUCCUUCAACCCCUCCUUUUUUGUGAUGUAGUUGUGAUGUAGUCUUAGCGGUGUAGUUUGGGGGAUUAGUAACUAAUAAAAGUUGGGGUCUUCUUUUGUUCUGGACUUCCAUUUUGCUUCAUCUUGUUGCGGGUGGGAGUCCUGUCACGACAGUAUUCAAUAAAGGCCAAGCUUACAGGCUGCUGUUUUGCUCCAAGUUAUCCUGGUUGGUGUCUUUGUUUUAGUUCAAGGGAGCCCUCAGAUUCCUCCGUUAAUACCCUCUUCCUCCUUAGCCACCCCAACACAGUGCUGCAAUGAGGAAGAAACCGCAUCCACCCUUCUGCUGAUUGACAAAACGUUUGUGAGAAGUGUGAGUGCAAGCGAUGUGUCAUGCAGUCCUUGGAGGGAACCCUCAGUGCCAGAAAAGGUUAGCUUCUUCUGUGCUCUCCUAUCUGAUCACCAUUGGUCUAUUUGCAUGAAAUGCCAUUUGCGUGAAUCUGCACCAUUUAAGGAGGUGCGAGUAUCUAAAACAGGGUCUCCAGCUGUUUUUGGACUAUAGUUCCCAUCAUUCCCGAUCACUGGUUCUGCUAGCUAGGGAUGAUGGAAGUUGUAGUCUAAGAACAACUGGAGAACCAAGUUUGGGAAACCCUGAUCUAAAAGGAUUGAUACAUUAAAGAGCUACAAGUGUUUUCCAUAACUGCAGAAUGAGGCUCACAACUAGGAAAAAGUAUAUACAGUGGUACCUCGGGUUAAGUAUUUAAUUCGUUCAUUUAUUUAAUCAAUUACAUUAUUUCCCCCCCUUUAUUCUCCCCUCAACCCUCCCUCUCCCUCCCACCAAGGACUUCCCUCAGCUCCCCUCCCUGAUUUUUUUACAUAACUUGUUUUCUGCACGUUAUAAAAUUGUACAUACUCUUACUUUAUCUAUCAUAUGUUCAACUAAUAAAUUUGUGAAUGUUUAUUCAAAACCUGCCAAAGCAUCCAGUUCGUUUUGUUGUCUUUUUAAAUACAGUGGUACCUCGGGUUAAGUACUUAAUUUGUUCCGGAGGUCUGUUCUUAACCUGAAACUGUUCUUAACCUGAAGCACCACUUUAGCUAAUGGGGCCUCUUGCUGCUGCCACGCUACCGGAGCACGAUUUCUGUUCUCAUCCUGAAGCAAAGUUCUUAACCCGAGGUAAUAUUUCUGGGUUAGCGGAGUCUGUAACCUGAAGCGUAUGUAACCCGAGGUACCACUGUAAUUGCAUCCCUGAGUCCGUCUUCUGGAAAAUAGGCUUUCACCAUAUCUUUCUUUUUCUCAGUAUGCCAUGCAAACUUUAUUGAAAGGUGAGCAUGAUCUUUGAAUACGAGGCAUAUGUGACAAGCAUUAAAAACUGAAAUUAAAUUAAAGGCAACCACCUUUUUGAUAUGGACACAGCGGCAGAGAUACGGGGGGCAUAUGGGGAACUGCAGCUUUUAAUGGCAUCUUUGUGAUCAGGUUUGUUCACAGGAACCUGAAAAUGAACAGACACCAAAUAAUCUAAAAUAGCUCUAUUUUGUGCAGACUAAAGAUGGCUGCUUACAGUAUUCAUCACAUCAGCCACAGACAGGAAAACUUGUUGGGAGCAAAAAGAGAGUCUUAGUAUUGCUUAGGAAAGCACUCCCAGGCAAGUAGAACCGCUCAGGGUUCGAGUUGGCAAAGUUAGCUCAGUGGGCCGCAGUCGCACUGAGCAAAGAGUCUCAGCUGCUGUCACAUAUAACUACAUCAAGCUGAGGGGCUGGCCCAUUGACUUUUAAUGGAUCCACAGUACAGAAUUGCAAGCUGAAUUUUGGUUCUGCCUCAUACAUUCUUAGCAAAUGCAUGAGUUAAGUUCCAGCAGUAAAGCCUUCAUUGCUGAUGAUAAUGGACAAAGUGUAAAGAAGCCAGCUGGAGCUACUCAUUUCAGGUGCACUGUUUUGUGACACUGCAACCCUGUGGGAGGCAAGGAGGGAAUUAUCUUUUUGGCUGGUGACAGGGUAGCACCACUGGAAGGUUUCCUGAAUGUCCCGGAAGGAAAUCGACCCCGAACCUAUCUUUUCCCAUCCCUGGGCUUCACAGGGACCAACCAUAUUGGCAUCUGCAGGAGAUUGGUCUCUUCAUUUGUUGUUGUUAUUGUUGUUGUUUAGUCAUUUAGUCGUGUCCGACUCUUCGUGACCCCAUAGACCAGAGCACGCCAGGCACUUCUGUCUUCAUUUUUCAAUGCUGCCCAUCUGGUGAUGUCCAUGUGUAGAGUCGUCUCUUGUCUUGUUGGAAAAGUGUGUUUGUGAUGACCAGCUUGUUCUCUUGACAGAACUCUAUUAGCCUUUGUCCUGCUUCGUUUUGAUCUCCAAGGCCAAACUUGCCAGUUGUUCCUUUUAUCUCUUGAUUCCCUACUUUAGCAUUUCAAUCCCCUAUAAUGAGAAGAACAUCCUUCUUUGGUGUCACUUCUAUAAGGUGUUGUAAGUCUUCAUAGACUUGGUCAAUUUCAGUUUCUUCAGCACCAGUAGUUGGUGCAUAAACUUGGAUUACUGUGAUGUUAAAAGGUCUGCCUUGGAGUCGUAUCGAGAUCAUUCUAUCAUUUUUGAGAUUGCAUCCCAGUACAGCUAUCGCCACUCUUUUGUUGACUAUGAGGGCCACUCCAUUUCUUUUACGGGAUUCUUGCCCACAAUAGUAGAUAUACUAUUCAUGGUCUCUUCAUGGUGUCCUACAACUCUUGAAAACAUAAAAGGACCCUAGUGACCACCAAGAAUGGCAAGGCUGGCCAAGAAAACUAUACCCAAAAUUGAUUAUAGUUUCAGCUAGAGGUGUAUAUUAACCCUGAGUGGGGGGCUUAAUAAGGCAAAUUGAGAUGAUUUGGGGGUCCCCCUCCCAAAUCAAAGUACGUCAACAACCCCUCUCUGAGUUGAAACAGGGACAAAGUCUUUAUCUGUUGCUCUAUAUCUGUACUUUUCUGUGUUGAACAGUUUUAUAUUUUCCUGCAUUGCUAUAUUUCUCUAUUUGUCUGAGCUUUGCAAAAUUCAACUUUGAAAUAAGUGGAGCACUGACAAUGUCUGUAUUAUAAUUUUUUUAAUUAAAGCACAGCAGCAUGUUUUUUUUAAAAAAGUAGAAGCUUAAUUUAAGCUUAUUUUAAAAUUCCAGGUUACUCUGCUUUAACAACAACAACAAAAUCAAACACAAGGUCUAACACAGAACACAAAGAAGUAGUGGAGAGGGAAGACUGAUGUAAAGCUGCAAACUUUAAAAUAAAUAUGGGGAAGAAUCAAUUAUCUCUUCAUUAUCAUAAAGCAGGGAAGGGAAAAAGACAGCAUCCCCAUACACAAAGUAUUAGGAAAGUGAAUCUCUUUUACUUUACUUUCCCCACAAAAAGCAGCUGGACCUAUUUGUCUGCAAUUUGGCAGGCUUAAUCCACUCUGACGGCAGCUCGUAUGCCUGUAAAUUUCAUCCACUUUGGCCACGAUGGGGAAAAUUAGAGCCAAUGUUAGCUUUCCUAUUAUAGUAAAUGGGGACCAGAGAGAAUUGUUUUCCACAGAGGAGCUUGGAACCCAAACUGCAGAUCAAAGCAAAGUGAGCAUAAAGUGAUCUGGGAGCAGAUUGGAAUGUUUAAAAAUGCACAGAUACAAGGUGAAUCUUGGGACCUGUACACCACCCUAGUUUCAUCUCUCACAACUGCAGUCCAUUUGUCAAGCAGUGACAAGUUUUCCAAGUCGUGGGUAACCAUGUCAAAAGAAGGCUACUGUAGAAUGCAUUUACUAGAACUAGGAUACACAACUUUCUUCUACUACCAGCUCUACUAACAGUGUGCAAAGUAGUGAAAGCUGAAGUGGAGGCUUUUAUGGAAGGUGAUAGACCUCCAAUUUUUCAAUAUUUUCUAGCUCAUUGACACUUAAUUACUUAUUAGAUAAGCAUGGACAACAAGACAAAUGUCGAAAAAUGAACAACAAACCACAAUACACAAAAUCUGAUUAGGAUAAAACAUGCUCUUUACAUCAUAGGCAACUAGAACUAGAGCCAAUCUGUUCCAAGAAAAAAAAUAAAUUGGGAUAGAGUUCUAAAUUUGCAAACUUAGGAGCAAGAAGGGCCAUGGAUAUUCAAUAAUUUACCAUCUAGUUUAAUGUAUGUAAACCUAAAGGAGAGCUUCAAUUAAGUGAAACGUAUCAUAACACUCCAGACUCUAAAGGCUAACUGAAAAUCAACUUUACUCUGUUAUGUAAAAUAAUAAAAACAAGAAGUGGACCCUCAGCUUAUCAUAAAUCUUCCAGUUGCAGCAAGGAUGUAUACUGCUCAUUGUUCAAAACCAACAGAAAUACCUUGUAGACCAUGGGUAGGCAAACUAAGGCCCGGGGGCUGGAUCCGGCCCAAUCGCCUUCUAAAUCUGGCCCAUGGACGGUCCAGGAAUCAGUGUGUUUUUACAUGAGUAGAAUGUGUCCUUUUAUUUAAAAUGCAUCUCUGGGUUAUUUGUGGGGCCUGCCUGGUGUUUUUACAUGAGUAAAGGUAAAGGGACCCUUGACCAUUAGAUCCAGUCGUGGCUGACUCUGGGGUUGUGGCGCUCAUCUCGCUUUAUUGGCCGAGGGAGCUGGCGUACAGCUUCCGGGUCAUGUGGCCAGCAUGACUAAGCCGCUUCUGGCGAACCAGAACAGCGCACGGAAACACCGUUUACCUUCCCACUGGAGCGGUACCUAUUUAUCUACUUGCACUUUGACGUGCUUUCAAACUGCUAGGUUGAGAUGAAGAUGAUGGAUUUUAUGGAGCUAGCCGAUCUAACCGGAAGAGUCCGCGACCAGAAGGAGGAGGAACACCACGAAGAAUGGAAGAAAUUUAAUGAUUAUUUAGCUAAAUUUGUUAAGCUAAAAUAACUGGAAAUAGCCUCCAGAUACUUAAUGGGCUUAGGAUUGUAUUUAUGUUAACUGAUAAAAUAAUAUGUCUAAUACAAGAAGGAGAAGAUUUAAAGAUGUUAAUGUUUAAUUUAAAGGGUAUUAAAAUUGGGAUUUGGAAAACCGUUAUAAGGAUAUGCAAUGAAAUUCAACUAAGGGGAAACGAGGAAGUCGUUUUACAAAGUAAAUAACUGUUAUUUUCAAUAAGGUUAUGAUUUAUGUUUGUUAUGUCUUGUUUGUUUUAUGUUUUUGUUUGUCGUUGAUAUUGUAAAAACUAAUAAAUUUUUUGCAAAAAAACCCACACAAAACUGCUAGGUUGGCAGGAGCAGGGACCGAGCAACGGGAGCUCACCCCGUCGCGGGGAUUUGAACCGCCGACCUUCUGAUCGGCAAGUCCUAGGCUCUGUGGUUUAACCCACAGCGCCACCCGAGUCCUGUUUACAUGAGUAGAAGGUGUGAUUUUAUUUAAAUGCAUCUCUCGGUUAUUUGUGGGGCAUAGGAAUUUGUUCAUUCCCCCCCCCCAAAUAUACUCUGGCUCCCCACAAUGUCUGAGGGACAGUGGAUUGGCCCCCUGCUGAAAAACUUUGCUGACCCCUGGUAUAGAUGGUAUACAGUUACAUUUUAUUGCAAUAGUUUUUUUUAUUGGUUUGAUCUGGUAGGGUAGCUUUGAUUAUUAGCAAAUGCAGUUUUCCAAGCCAUGCAGUCAUGCAUAUCCAUUGACAAUCUGUAAGUCGCAUAACGUCUCGCAGGCCUGAUAGGGUCACGUGCUGCUUUUCAGCCAGGUGUCAAAAUACCUGGGUAGUAGCAAAAUCCGUUCUAGGAUUGCUUUUAUGAAAACCAACAUGCAGCAUUUGCUCCCGCACACCAUAUGCUGAAAAUAUGAAAUCCAUUUCUGCGGAAAGUCCAGAUUUAGUAGAUCUGACUUUCACAUUCACCCGGUGCUAUACCAGCUGCACUGGUUCCCGGUAGAGUGCAGGAUCAGGUUUAAGGUGCUGGUUUUAACCUUUAAAGCCCUAUAUGGCCUAGGACUCUUGUGCCUACGGGACUACCUCUCCUGGUAUGUCCCACAGAGGAAUUUACGGUCUUCAAACAAAAACAUCUUGGAGGUCCCAGGCCACAGAGAGGUUAGGCUGGCCUCAACCAGAGCCAAGGCUUUUUCGGCUGUGGCUCCGAUCUGGUGGAACGCUCAGUCACAAGAGACUAGGGCCCUGCGGGACUUGACAUCUUUCCACAGGGCCUGUAAGACAGAGCUGUUCCACCAGGCCUUUGGUCAGGGCACAGCCUGACUCCCUCCUUUGGCAAUCUUCACAGAACUCUAGCCCAAUGGUUUCCAUCCAUUAGAUUUGAAUUAAUUUUAUAAUGAAUGAUUUUAGAAUGUUGUGCUAUUUUAUUGUUGUUAGCCGCCCUGAGCCCGGCUUCGGCUGGGGAGGGCGGGAUAUAAAUAAAAUUUAUUAUUAUUAUUAUUAUUAUUAUUAUUAUUAUUUAUUAUCUUUGCCAUUAUUUAAAAGCUGAGACCUGAGAUGUAAGUCUGAAAAUUCGGAACUUGCCACUGCGAUAUGAAUAUUGCCGCUUUCAUCGCUGCUCCAGUAUUAAAUACUGAAAUCUCAGUGAUUCCCCGCUCCUCAGAUUCAAAAAUGUGAUAAUUGAAAAGGAAAAAUUGCAUUUGGACAGAGGGAAAAAUGAACACGUGAGAGUGCUGGCUGCCAUUUCUUCUGAGAGAGCCUAAAGAUUACUGGUUCACCCACUUACUAGACCAACUAGAGCUAUGAUCUUUGUAAGUGUCUUUCAUGGGAUCUCAUACCAGCUGUUUCUGUUUCUGUCGGUGUUUGUUAGCUGCCUGGGCUCCUAAUUCUGCUUCAGCUACAAUUGCCAGACAAAAAGGACAUUCAGGCAGUAAUUGUAUUCCAGAAAUACAGCAGACUCGGAAGCAAUUGUUAUUACAAUUGGGGUGGUGGUAGUGGCAUUGUUUUUGUUUGUUACUAUGGUACAUAUUUUUGUGUUUUUCUAUUGCAAACUGCCCUAUGAUCCUUAGAUGAAGUAUCGGAAUUUAAUUAAUUCGUAAUACACAUAAUAAUUGCAACAACAUUUGUGAAUGAAUGGCGAACAACCAUUGUCUUCUCAGGUUGCGUGACUCCACCACCGCCACCAGUUCAGGUUCAAGACCACAAAGAAUUAAUAUUGCUAUUACAGUGGUACCUCGGGUUACAUAUGCUUCAGGUUACAUGCGCUUCAGGUUACAGACUCCGCUAACCCAGAAAUAGUGCUUCAGGUUAAGAACUUUGCUUCAGGAUGAGAACAGAAAUCAGGCUCCGGCGGCACGGCGGCAGCAGGAGGCCCCAUUAGCUAAAGUGGUGCUUCAGGUUAAGAACAGUUUCAGGUUAAGAACGGACCUCCGGAACGAAUUAAGUACUUAACCUGAGGUACCACUGUACUUCUGCCCCACCCUUCCUCCCAAAGGAGUCCAGGGUGGCAAACAACAAAACAGGAAAACAAUACAAUAAAAUGUGAAAUAGAUUUUUUUUAAAAAAACCCUUUGGAAAUUUAUGCAGCGCAUCUUGGGACUCCGGUAGGAUUCCAAACUGCACAACCUAAUUAACAAGGAGGGCUCUGUGUCUGAGCACUGCUCCUUGCGAUGAGCAUGUUCAUGCCCCUGUGAAAUAGUGUGGUCGAUAGCUGGGAAUUACCUGGGGUGGGUUGAAAAGUUGGUUUGGACCAGCCUUCUGCAACAUGCGCUUUAGACUACAACUCCCAUCAUCCCCGACCAGUGGCCAUGUUGGCUGGGGCUGAUGGAACUUGUAGUCCAACAACAUUUUGGAGGGCACCAGUUUGGGGAAAGCUGGUUAAGACACUCUUCACCUACUCCUGCCUGUCUGUAAGUAACCCACAAUGGCCGGGGAGGGCAGGGAGAACUUCUGUAGAUCAGCCCUGGUCUCAACGUGCGACCCUUCAGCUUCCAUUUAAUUCUGCAGACUUCUUUCUGCAUUCCCUUUGCCUGAAUGCUGUGGGACAAUGAGCAGUAAAGGUGACGAGUCCACACUGAGACAGUGACGUGUCCCCCUUGCUGUUACAUAUAAUUAAUAAAUAAAGCACAGGGGGAGUUCUUACCAUGUUGGCUGCUAUGACAGGGGCUGUCUACAGUGCACUUAAGCAUUAAAUGACCAAUUUCUGUCAGACUAACUUCCCAAGCCUUCUCUCUCUCUCUCUCUCUCUCUCUCUCUCUCUCUCUCUCUCUCUCUCUCCUCCUUCUCCUCCUCCUCUUUUCCCCGUUUGCUUUCUCACUUACAGAGCAAGUCUCCUCGCUCUCUGCACUUGGAGUUUUUCAGCAACUGAUGGUUCCUGGUUCAUUUCUGUGGAAUUAAUUGGUCCCUGAAUGAAUUGUUUUGACAGGGCAAUUUAUCAUGUGUUUGGGUUGACAGUGCUGUAUACCGGAGGGGUUCCUGGAGGGGAGGAGGGGAGAUGGGCAGGGCAGUGGAUGCUUGUGCCAGGAGUUUGCAAAGAAAGGAAGGCAUGGGAGGAGGAGGAAGAGGAAGAGGAGGAGGAGAGAAAGGAGGAAAGGCGACAACCGGGAGGCAGUUAAAAAUAGAAAGAGCCACAUUCCGUUCACCAUCUCUUCCCCCACCCCACUCCAUCAUGUUGAACAGAGGAGAGUCUCCUGGUUAUUCUCUCACCCUCUUGGCAAAUGCAGACACUUCCCUUGCCAAGUUCCAGAUUCAAACAUGGACGGGACCCACAAGAGCCGGCAAAAGUUUUCUUGCCUGCCCGGGGUAUAUGUAGUUCUUUCUGGGCCCAAUGUUUGAGUGAGCUCUUAGCAUUCAAGUCACCAAGACCAAUCACGAAGCCCUAAACCCUACAGAGGCAGCCUUGGAUUAGCACACGACUGAGUUACUUCUCAUUUUAGAAGAAUGUGACAAAUUUGACAGCUGUUAUUUGAGUUUGUUUGGCAUGAUAAUCAGGGGCUUAGCAAUGCCAAGAGCAUAAACAGUCAGAUGUACCAUUUUUAGCAUGCAAAACUUGUGAUUUAUCCAGAUUUGGCUUUUUCUGUUACCUAAUGUUUGGAUUCUCAAUAUUCUAAAAUCUGUGGACUUACUGAUCACCCAGCCUUAUUGCCGAUUGACAGACAGACAUACUGACGCAACGAAUACUUGUCACUGACUACAACUUCCCCCCAUCUGGAUGAGUGCAUGUUUUGCUGACUAAUGUACAGAGUUUAUUUUAUCUUCCUUCGUUUGUCUGCAUUGAUAUUCAGCAGCAAGCAUUGCAUGAUGCUGUCAGAAUUCAUCCUCGUCCCCAUGGUGGAAAACAAGACUAAGAAAAAAGCAGUAUGACUAACGAUACUGAUUACAGGGCAACAAUCGAGAGCCCUUUGCAAUAUACCUUGCAUCUUCCUCCCCUUUUGGGGAAAAAAAAUAUAGGUGCAAGGGAUUGAGUAAAUUCUCAAACCUCAAACAAAAAGCUGUCUGCUAUUUCACUGUUCAAGGAAGAUGUUGCAGUGCAGUGGAUGGUAUUCAAUGUUGUUUGUUGUUGUUUAGUCGUUUAGUCGUGUCCGACUCUUUGUGACCCCAUGGACCAGAGCACGCCAGGCACUCCUGUCUUCCACUGCCUCCCGCAGUUUGGUCAAACUCAUGCUGGUAGCUUCAAGAACACUAUCCAACCAUCUCACCCUCUGUCGUCCCCUUCUCCUUGUGCCCUCAAUCUUUCCCAACAUCAGGGUAUUUUCCAGGGAGCCUUCUCUUCUCAUGAGGUGGCCAAAGUAUUGGAGUCUCAGCUUCAGGAUCUGUCCUUCCAGUGAGCACUCGGGGCUGAUUUCCGUAAGAAUGGAUAGGUUUGAUCUUCUUGCAGUCCAUGGGACUCUCAAGAGUCUCCUCCAGCACCAUAAUUCAAAAACAUCAAUUCUUUGGCGAUCAGCCUUCUUUAUGGUCCAGCUCUCACUUCCAUACAUCACUACUGGGAAAACCAUAGCUUUAACUAUACGGAUCUUCAAUAUACGGUAUUCAAUGUUAGUCAUCUGCUAGUAGACCCAUGUAACAAGUCCACUAAUUUCAGCGAGUCUACUCUGUAGACUUUAGGGCUCAUCAUCCACACUUCUGCUGGUUCCAUUCUUAGAAAGCACAUGUCUAGGUGGUUUUUCGUUUCUGCCCCACUUUCCCUGGGAAAACCUGCCAUUUAUCACUGACUCGGAACAAGCUUAAAACCACAGAAAAACCAAUGGAUGCUUGUUCCAUUUCAACGGUAAGCAGGGGGGUUACCCCAGGGGAAAGCAGUGGGCCAAGUAGAAGUGUAGACAUGCCUUAAUGGGUAUCACUCAGACAUGGGUGGUGCUGUGGUCUAAACCACUGAGCCUCUUGGGCUUGCUGAUCAGAAGGUUAGCAGUUUGAAUCCCUGUGACGGGGUGAGCUCCCAUUGCUCUGUCCCAGUUCCUGUAAAUCUAGGAGUUCGAAAGCACACUAGUGCAAGUAGAUAAAUAGGUACCACUGCGGCGGGAAGGUAAAUGUGUUUCCGUGUGCUCUGCUUUCCGUCACGGUUUUCCGUUGCACCAGAAGCGGUUUAGUCAUGCUGGCCACAUGACCUGGAAAGCUGUCUGUGGACAAACGCUGGCUCCCUUGGCCUGAAAGCAAGCUGAGCGCCACAACCCCAUAGUCGCCUUUGACUGGACUUAACCGUCCAGGGGUUCUUUACCUUUACUUCACCUUUUUCCUUCCUCCGCUUCAAAUUGGAUAUGGUGAUUGUACACACUAUUUGAUCACCAAAUGGCAAAUUAUAUUCCAUCCCCUUCCAAAAAUCCCCCUUGGAAUGAUGUAGGGAUAGCUCAGUUGGUAGAGAAUGAGACUUAAUCUCAAGAUUCCUGCAUUGCAUGGGGUUGGACUAGAUGACCUUUGUAGUCCCUUCCAACUCUAUGAUUCUAAGGUGAUUCAGAGGUAUGAAGGGCAGCUCCUGAUAGGAGUGCUGAGGCCAUUUCUGUGAGACAAGAGACAGCGGCUGAAGGUGAAAGGCCAGUUUUGCAUUCAGUUAGAAGUCCUCAUUGGAGAACCUUUGGCCAAGUCUAUUAGUAGACUGCAGGUGGAUUUCAGUAUUACCAUAAUUACUAUGCUGGAGAUGUAAAUAUUAUUCUUUACCACUGAUAUUUAAUCUCUCGUGUUACCUUCUUUUAAAUUAGCAUGAUAUGGCUUAGAACACGAGAAGGCAUUGACAUAUUCUGAAAAUACUCAAAACUUGCAUGUUCUUGCAGAAUUGUCUUUCAUAGAAGACCACAAGUAUUACUUUUUUAAUGCUUGUAAAAUCUUUUAAUCCAUUCAACAUCAUUUGAAUUUUUGAUAUAAUUUUUUAGCAUUUGCUUUUAAGUCAGAUAGAAUGUGCGUUUUAGGGGAUGCGGGUGGCGCAGUGGUCUAAACCACUGAGCCUCUUGGGCUUGCCGAUCAGAAGGUCGGCAGUUCGAAUCCCCGCGAUGGAGUGAACUCCCGUUGCUCAGUCUCAGCUCCUGCCCACCUAAUAGUUUGAAAGCACGCCCCAAAGUGCAAGUAGAUAAAUAGGUACCACUGUGGUGGGAAGGUAAACGGCGUUUCAGUGCGCUGCUCUGGUUUUGGUGUUCCAUUGCGCCAGAAGCGGCUUAGUCAUGCUGGCCACAUGACCUGGAAAAACUGUCUGCGGACAAACGCUGACUCCCUUGGCCUGUAAAGCGAGAUGAGCGCUGCAACCCCAGAGUUGUCUGCGACUGGACUGAACUGUCAGGGGUCCUUUACCUUUUUAGGAUGUUCCUUUAGCCCUAUGAGAUUGCUUUUGUUUUCACUGUGAUCAGAUGGAAUCACAGUGGAUCUCGCUUUCUGGAUUUCAUUGUAUUGUUGUGAGCUGGUUUUUUCAGGAGGUGGUUUAGGCUGUAUGUCUGAGUCCCUUCUCAUUCCUGGAUCCAGCAAGGGUUAAAAUCUAAUGGAGGAUUCAACUAUUGGAAUAGCCAGACCAGCUUCUUGGAAAUAGCCCCCAAGUAUGGGUCAUAAAUAUAAGAAAGAAAGCUGCCCGAGGGGAAAGCCGAAGUUGAGUGUAUGUGAAAUAUACUCGGAGUCGAGAGUGGAUUUCAUGCUCUUUAUUCAGCUCAUAGUAGUGAGGAGGAAUGGAAGUUCCCCCACAAUAUCUGCUUUAUAUACAUUAUUUACACAAUGGGCUGCACGUGAUUGGCUGAUUCCAGAAUUCUCCUAUAGGCCAAUCAGGUUGUGGAUUCGCUUCCACCUGGAGCUGGAUUGGGUGGCUCCUGCGGACCAAUCAUACUGCUGCAUUGUUCUAGGACCAAUCAGACUGCUGCAUUCUGAAUCCUAUUGUUCUAGGACCAAUCAGACUGCUGCAUUUUGGAUCCUAUUCAACUCAGUACAUAACAGUAUGAGAGCAGGAGGAAACCUGAGGGUGAGAGCCAUGCCUGAUUUCUGCUUGAAUCCAAGGCUGUGGCUUUGGGAGAAGCAAGACCUUCUGGGAUGUUAAUGCUGUGAGCCCCUCCAUCUUAGGCUCAGGUUGUGAUUUGUGUAAAUGAACCAUACAUCAUAAAGACAUCAGUGUCUCUGCUGUCCCUCUUUCCAAGGAAACUGGAUAAGUGCCUGUAACCCCUGGAAUCUCUCAUUUCUCGGAUACUGGGGUGGUGUGCAACAGUAUUUUAUGAUAUUGUUUCAAGUUCCCUGUUUUUAACACAGACACACACACCCUUGCCCAAAUAAAUUCUGUUUUAGGGUGACUCAUAAAUAUAGUUAAGAAACCCCACGGUUCUGGUCAGGACUGAUGGUUUUGAACAUGUUAUGUCUGAGGAGAUACGAUAGCAAAUCUUCAAAUAUCUAAAGCACCGUCACAUGGAGGAGGGAACAAGCUUGUUUUCUCCUGCUCUGGAGGGUGGGACUCGAACCAAUGGCUUCAAGUUACAAGAAAGGAGAUCCCAACUAAACAUCAGGAAGAAUUUCCUGACAAUAAGAGUUGUUCAGCAGUGGAACAGUCUCCCUCAGAAAGUGGUGGACUGUCUCCUUCGCUGGAGGUUUUUAAGGAGAGGUUGGGUGGUCACCUGCCAUGGAUGCUUUAGCUGAGAUUCCUGCAUUGCAGGGGCUUGGACUAGAUGACCCUCGGGGUCCCUUCCAACUCUACUAGUCCAUGAUUCCACGAUGUGUUCUGGGUAAAAAUGGAGGCAGCUUGCAAAUGUUGACACAAGCUCUGCUGCCCCCUCUGGUGACUUUGUCUUCUGCAACAAGAGGGGAAGGGCAGCUCCACUCCCCCUCCAAGGGGUGGCAGAGCUACCGGUAUUUAAUGUAAAGUAACUGGAACCGAAGAAUUGAUGAUUUUGAAUUAUGGUGUUGGAGGAGACUCUUGAGAGUCCCAUGGACUGCAAGAAGAUCAAACCUCUCCAUUCUGAAGGAAAUCAGCCCUGAGUGCUCACUGGAAGGACAGAACCUGAAGCUGAGGCUCCAAGACUUUGGCCACCUCAUGAGAAGAGAAGACUCCCUGGAAAAGUCCCUGAUGUUGGGAAAGAUGGAGGGCACAAGGAGAAGGGGACGACAGAGGAUGAGAUGGUUGGAUAGUGUUCUCGAAGCUACCAGCAUGAGUUUGACCAAACUGCAGGAGGCAGUGGAGGACAAGAGUCCCUGACAUGCUCUGGUCCAAGGGAGCAGGAAGAGUCGGACACGACUAAACAACAACAACAACAACAAACAACUGGAACCUCUGCCGCUUCAAAGGAAAGGAGGAAUCUGUCAGUUUCAGUAUCUCUUGUUUCCCAUUUUUGCCAUGUUAAGUUGAGUUAACAUUAAAUAACCAUGGAACAUGAACCUGUAAAGCAGCUUGGUCAGUAUAAUGCUGACGGCACAAGUGAAGACCCUCACUUUAUAUUUUUGGUCAGAGAAGAGCUUUUGGAGGAAUUGGCACUCGGUUAAUAUUCUGUCUGAGCAUUGUGAGCUUGACAAAUUCACCGCCUGAGCUUGGGCAGCCUCUCCAGGUAGAAGCAAGAGGAGUUCCCCGAGUGCAGUGUGCAUAUUAUUGCUUUGGGUUUCCUGCACAAAUUAUCCAUGUCCCCGAAAGCAGGAUAAUAAUAAUAAUAGUAGUAGUAGUAAUAAUAAUAAUUUAUUUAUACCCCGCCCAUCUGGCUGAGUUUCCCCAGCCACUCUGGGCGGCUCCCAAUCAAGUGUUAAAAACAGUACAGCGUUAAAUAUUAAAAACUUCCCUGAACAGGGCUGCCUUCAGAUGUCUUUUAAAUAUAGGAUAGCUGCUUAUUUCCUUCACAUCUGAAGGGAGGGUGUUCCACAGGGUGGGCGCCACUACUGAGAAGGCCCUCUGUCUGGUUCCCUGUAAUCUCACUUCUCGCAAUGAGGGAACCGCCAGAAGGCCUUUGGUGCUGGAUCUCAGUGUCCAGGCUGAACAAUGGGGGUGGAGACGCUCCUUCAGGUAUACAGGACCGAGGCCAUUUAGGGCUUUAAAGGUCAGCACCAACACUUUGAAUUGUGCUCGGAAACGUACUGGGAGAAGUUUCCAGAUGGAAGGAUGGACUCAUUUGCCUAAGAGGGAAAUUCAAGAGUGGCCGUGGGAUCAGUUAAACAGGGAAUGUUCUCCUUUCCCCCCACAACACUGAGGUGUCCCAUUGGACCAAUACUUUCAGGUUGCUUUGCACUUGAUGUGUUCCCAACACACAGAGAGAAAAUUAUAGUUGUGAAGCAUCGCUGUGAAGAACGGCUGCACCAUGACUUGGUCUUCACAGGAACAUACUGUCAAAGCACAGUGAUGGCCACCUUUCAGUCCCUAGGUGCCUCUGGGUCUCUGCCCCUCUGGCUUUGGCUGCCACCCACUUUUUGUGGAGCUGGGUUGUCUCAUUCCAUUUCCACCUGCAACCUUCUGGAAUUCAUCGGGAUGGACAAAUCUGUCAAUUUCCUUUUCUUUCAGUUUCUCAUUUUCCAAAUCUUCAGUUUAGCUAAGCCCAUUUCUGCAGUUUUUGUCUUUCCCGUAAUAUAUGCAUUUCCCCUCACAUCAAGGCUUUUUUAAAAGCUGGCACUCUCCAGAACUCUGGCACCUCUCAGGUGGGCGCCAUUGCCAUUAUAAGAGAACAAGGGAGGCGUUCAGGGUGAGUUCCGGCACUUCUUUUUCUAUAAAAAUAACACUGCCUUAUAUCAAGCAUUUUCCACAUUAUUUUCUGUAAAUAGGUGUGUGCAUGCACACUAUUUGGCUGAAGAACUGCACUUCACAAUUUAUAGAAGGGCGAAUUUUGCAGGAUAGCUGUGUUUCAGUUUGUAUAUUGAUUUGGGCAGCACAGAUGAGUCAGGUUCAUGUUAAACUGUGAAGUGUACAAUUCUUUUUUUACCCCUGCCCCUGUGGUAACAUCAUUGCUGCUCUCCAGUACUGUGAAAAAGACAUGUUCAUCUUCCUCAGCUGUGUUGUGACCAAUGAGUUGGCUUUGAAAAGGAUGCCAUGAUGCAGAAGGUUCUGUUUCCUUGCCGCUCAGAAAAGCCCAGCGGAAUAGGACCAGGCUGCCUAUUGCAUACAAACUGCACUGCGAUCUCCUGCAACACCUCUGUCCUCCCACCCUUCCUCGCACGGGGAGGACAGAUUCUGUUAAGGGAGUCCCCGGGACUAGAGGGCUUUACUGCGUGACUGGCAAGCAUCUUCUGAUAUGCCUAAAUGAGGCCAGCCAAUCGGAGGAGCCCAUUCCGCUGCUCUUGUCAUCUGGCUUUGCUUGCAAAAUAUGCAUUUGAUUGGCAGGUGCAUCAAAGUUCACAGUUUACUGGGUUUUGCAGAAGAGCCGGAUCUGCCAAUUUAGACAGGGGAGUGACACAAAACUUUCCAUCUAAACGGACUAAUUUCACCAUAGGGAAUUUCCCAGCAGAGCGUGCCAAGGCGGGUGCAACCCAGCCUUAUUUUUUAACAAGGGGUGAAUGACAAAUGCAAACGACAGUCUGGGCCUGAGGAACAUCAGCAUUUGACACUUUACACAGGGAGCAUGAAAUAAACAAUAGGCAGAGAAAUUGAAUUAGAAUCGGCUGAGCAUCCGUGGUACGGGUGGGGGUAGGGGGAAGAGAAGGAAGAAAUUAAGGGGAGAGCAGGAAUGGGGAAAGGUGGGUGAAGCUGCCACCAUUUUGAUUUGUACUGCUGGGACUUUCUGUGAUUCCACCUUGAAUUUCCGCUCUAACACAGGUAUGGCUGCCCAAUAAUCCUUUGUUUUAUUAACCGAAAAAAGGGGGUGAAGGAAAGAAAGGGUGCUUCUGGCCCUUAAAUUAUAAGAGUGCUUGAAAAAGGAAGACAAUUUGUCCCUUUCCCCUUUGUUUUUCCUGCCGUUACAUCUAAAUUUGAAAGCACACACCCCGCACUCUGAUAGGCCCCCAGGAAGGCUUGUAACACAAGGCUUGUUGUUUAGUCGUUUAGUCGUGUCCGACUCUUCGUGACCCCAUGGACCAGAGCACACCAGGCACUUCUGUCUUCCACUGCCUCCCGCAGUUUGGUCAAACUCAUGCUGGUAGCUUCGAGAACACUAUCCAACCAUCUCAUCCUCUGUCGUCCCCUUCUCCUUGUGCCCUCCAUCUUUCCUAACAUCAGGGUCUUUUCCAGGGAGUCUUCUCUUCUCAUGAGGUGGCCAAAGUAUUGGAGCCUCAGCUUCACAAUCUGUCCUUCCAGUGAGCACUCAGGGCUGAUUUCCUUAAGGAUGGAUAGAUUUGAUCUUCUUGCAGAAAUAAUACAGACCCUCAAAGUGUCCCUAUUUUCCAGGGACAGUCCCAGAUUUACAGAAGCCAUCCCGGUUUCUGAUUUGAUAGUGGAAUGUCCCGCUUUUCCUUAGGACGUCCCUGUUUCCAUCAGGGAAAAUGUUGGAGGGUAUGCACCCCGCCCCCAGUCAAGGAGAUAAGAAACUAUACAAUCUUUAGAAGACAUCUGAAGGCAGCCAUGUAUAGGGAAGUUUUGUAAUGUUUUAUUAUGUUUUAUACGGCCUUGGCCCAGUAUACCUGAAGGAGCGUCUCCACCCCAUCGUUCAGCCCAGACACUGAAGUCCAGCUCCGAAGGCCUUCUGGCGGUUCCCUCACUGAGAGAAGGGAGGUUACAAGGAACCAGGCAGAGGGCCUUCUUGGUAGUGGCGCCCUCCCUGUGGAACGCCCUCUCAUCAGAUGUCAAGGAAAAUAAACAACUAUCUGACCUUUAGAAGACAUCCUAAGGCAGCCCUUUUUAGGGAAGUUUUUAAUGUUUGAAGUUUUAUUCUGUUUUUAGUGUUCUGUUGGGAGCCACCCAGAGUGGCUGGGGAAACCCAGCCAGAUGGGUGGGGUAUAAAUAAUAAAAUUAUUUAUUAUUAUUAUUAUUUAUUAAUGAUGGAAGUUGCCCAGAGUGGCUGGGGCAGCCCAGUCAGAUGGGCAGGGUAUAUUAAUAUUAAUAUUAUUAGUAAUAAUAAUUUAAUAGGACGUUCCUAUUUUCAUCAGAGAAAUGUUGGACGGUAUGAAGUCAUAGAACUAUGCUCUGUGAUCAACUUUUCAGGCAAAAGGUGAAUUGGGCCUCCCUGGACAGACUAAGCAUAGCGACAGAAAAUGUAUUCCCUGAUGCAAGGAUGGGGAACUUGUGGCCUUUCGGACGACGCUGAACUACAACUCCCACCAACCUUAAACAUUGCCUGUGCUGGCAGGGGCUGAUGGGAGCUGGAGUCGAACAAUGUUGGGAAUGUCACAGGUUCCCCAUCCUUGCAUAUCGCAUCUCUACUACUAGACUAAGAGGUCUAGGUGAGAAAUCCACGUGUCUCUCAGGCCAACACUGAAAAGACAAGCAGCAAGUCAGUGGGAAGGAUUUUCUGCCUCUGUGCAAUAGCAGCAUCACUUCUUUGGAGUACUGUGCUAAGGCUGGCCUUUACUUAGCACCCUGAAAACGUUAUAAUGGCUUAACUACCUGGAGCGAGAUGAAAGCCAGCAUGGGCUGCCAAGUAAACUGGGUUAAAGUCAACAAACGAAAGCACCCAUCAAAUCAGCCCAACAAACAGCUGCUCCUCAUACUGAGCCAUGGCUGAAGCGCUGGAAUUUUACGCCUAUUAAACUGCUCAUACCAAGCAAAUUUGGGUUGGCUGAGUACAACCAAAGCCCUGAUUAGCCAAUCUAUUAAUUUAGGGGUUAACCGUAGAACAAGCCACCAGCUGCUUUUGCUGUGUUGGUUUUUCAUGCACUCCUGAACUUUGAUUUCUGAUUUGCUGCCACGUUUCCCAGAUUCAAACAGCUACCCUUCUUCCUUCCUUCCAGGUGAGGACCCUGGCAUUCCUUCCUUUUGCCAUGAAACUUCCAUGAUUGCCUUGGGUCUGUUGGCUUAGCAUUCAGUCCUGCCUGGAUCCUCAGUGAUAGUUCCAAACCCUUCAAGUGUCCCUAUUUUCCAGGGACAGUCCUGGAUUUACAGAAGCUCUCCCGGUUUCUGAUUUGAUCCCAGAAUGUCCCGCUUUUCCUUAGGACAUCCCUAGUUUCAUCAGAGAAAUAUUGGAGGGUGCGGUAGGACACCCCAAUUUUUACUGGAGAAAUGUUAGAGGGUAUGGAGUUAUGCAACCUGCAAGCCGAGGAGACCUUUAGAAGACAUCUGAAGGCAGCCUUGUAUAGGGAAAUUUGUUUAAUGUUUUGUUAUGUAUUUAUAUAUGUUGGAAGCUGCCCAGAGUGGCUGGGGCAACCUAGUCAGAUGGGCAGGGUAUAAAUAAUAAAAUGAUGAUGAUGAUUGUUGUUAUUGUUGUUGUUGUUAUGGAAUAGGACAUCUCUAUUUUCAUUGGAGAAAUGUUGGAGGGUCUGUAGUUCUGUUUCUGUCCUGAUGCCUUACAGACUUGCGAUCUUGAGUGAUGGGCAUUCAUCCUCAUCCGACAUCAAUUCAAGGAAGGCCUUAGGAUAUGCGGCUACUUUUUAUUUGCUGUAUUUAUGUCCUGCCACGUGACACUCAGGAAGCAUGCAGUGGAUAGCUGUCAAGCGUCCCUUAUUUGGCGGGACAGUCCCUUAUCCCAGCGCUGUUUCCCGCUGCUGUCCCUUAUUGAUGAUGUCCCUUAAAUUUCCCGGGUUUCAAAGGAAGCAGCUCCUCUCCCUCCCUCCCUGCUGGCCAGGGAGGAGGGAGGCUCCAACUGUGUUGCUUGGCUGCGUUGCUCACCCAAUAAGGAGUCUAAGAAUGACUGGGGGGGUGGAGCUUGCAUGCCUUGUGCCGAUCAAAUCGGCCGCGUUGCCUGGGGACUCGUCUUUGCUCAGCGCUUCCCAGCAGAGAGGUGAUGGUGGUUUUCCUAGCUGCAUCCCCUUUGCUGGGUUGCUGCGCUAUGGGAACCACCACUUGAGGCUUCGUUUGGCUGCUGGUUGACUAAAAUCCCUUAUUUUGGCUGCUGAUCCCUUAUUUUCGAGGCUGCUGGUCCCUUAUUUUCAAAUCUGUAAGUUGACAGCUAUGAUGCAGUGUGAGGACAUGGUCUUUUGUAGCCAUGCCUCUGUGUGAGAUUUUACUGUUUGGCUGGGGAUACACAUCCUCUAGACCACUGACAGGUGGCCCUGAAAAUGCCCUGUAAGUACACAAGACAACCUAGAGAAUUCAGGACUUUCUCCCCAGCUGGUUUGGAACAUCAGGCUAACAACUUAUGCCAAAAGGUGGCUGAUGGAAGCCAAUAUUUAACAGUGUUGCCACAGUUUUAGUUAAUCAGAGAAGGGAUGGAAAUCCCCAUAAAGGAGAAUGGAAAUUAGAGCUGAAUGCUUUAAUCAAUGCAUCCAUGUAAUUACUGGCAAAAUUCAUCUGGAACUUAUCUUGUGAUUCAGCAAAUAGGGGUUAUGCCAACUUUUGCAAAGUAGAUUCCUGGUGUCUUUUCAUGCUCAGUGCAUUUUAAACCAUUUAAUUUCCCAAAUAAGAAAGGAUUUGUUGAUAACGUAUAGUGAAGCGAAAGCAUUGCCUUAACUAAAUUGGUUAAUAAGGAAGGUUGGACUUCAGUACUUAUAUAUAUUUAUUUUCCUUGGUUCAUGAAUUCAUUAGUAAGGUAAAGUGAGGUGGUUAAUCAACAAAAAACAAAACAAAGUCCUUGACAGCUCUAGUUUCAAUAUUUACUGCUUGUGUGAACACUUUCCCCCUCUAAGUGUUAAAGGUUAAGAUCAGGCUCUCGUCCAGAAUGAAUUUUAAUGAAUGCAAAAUCUUGUUUCCAAUCUACUGUUCAGUGGAACAAUUGGAUUCUCGACAACUGCAAUUCAUACUACUUUAAAAUAAAGGGUGCAACAUCAUGCUGUUAGUUUGUGAGGGAAGGAAUGCAAAAAUUAAUUUUAUCUGUAUCCAGUAUUUCACAUGGAGAGCUUUCGAUGUGGUGGUAACAUCUUUGAUAGCUAUGGUGGAGUGCCAUUACCAUCUAAAUUUCUUAAUUACAUUUUUGCACCACAGUUUCUGAAAUGAAUGCAGGGUAGCAGGCUCUCUUGCCUCUGUUUCCUCACUACACUCUAAUUGCAUUAGACAGUCAUUUACCAGGUGAGUUUAAUGGCUACCAAGGGAUCAGGGCCAUAGGUACAGAGGGGCUAGCCAGGUUUUUUUGCCUCCAGAGAGGGGCCACUGAAGCUCCCUGCUUGUGUGUAUGCAAAUGUGUGUAAGGUGUGUGCAUGAAACUGGGUCUUUGACACGGGUGAAAUAAAGUCUAGUUUUCUCCCCUGCCAGGGAUUUGCAUCUGUGUGUCCCUAUAUCAGACUGGUUCUUUACAAAUGUGACCCAUUGUAGCUUAUAGCCUCCAUGGGGGCUGGGAGGCUAAUGUGGUCAUGAAGAAUCCUAGACGAUGUGGGUUAAACCACAGAGCCUAGGACUUGCCGAUCAGAAGGUCGGCGGUUCUAAUCCCUGCAACGGGGUGAGCUCCCGUUGCUCGGUCCCUGCUCCUGCCAACCUAGCAGUUCGAAAGCACAUAAAAGUGCAUGUAGAUAAAUAGGUACCGCUCCAGUGGGAAGGUAAACGGCGUUUCCGUGCGCUGCUCUGGUUUGCCAGAAGCGGCUUUGUCAUGCUGGCCACAUGACCCGGAAGCUGUACGCCGGCUCCCUCGGCCAAUAAAGCAAGAUGAGCGCCGCAACCCCAGAGUCGGCCACGACUGGACCUAAUGGUCAGGGGUCCCUUUACCUUUAUCCUUUGCUUUGCUGGUGGCUUUGGAGAGGGGAAGUCAUUGUGGACCCUCUAGAUCAGCCCUUCUCAACCUUGGGUCCCCAGAUGUUUUUGGCCUACAACUCCCAUCAUCCCUAGCUAGCAAGGCCAGAGCUCAGGGAUGAUGGGAGUUGUAGUCCCAAAACAUCUGGGGACCCAAGGUUGAGAAACACAGCUCUAGUUGUUGUUGGGCUACAAUGCCCAUCCCUUGCCCCCUGGCCAUGGUGGCAGAGGCUGUUGGCAAUGGCAACAUUUGCAGAGCACCACAUUGUUGCCUCCCCAGCCUAGGUGAUCUCUUGAAUGAGUUACUGAUUAGCAAGGUUGCCUCUGUAUACAAACUUUCCAACUACCUUUCAGAGGCUUGCUUCCUGGUUAAUGAUGGCUAGGGUGUUGAGUGCAAAACAAGGGGCAGAAACUCUGGGCUUAAUUUUCCUAAACGCAGCAUGGAGCUCAUUUCCAGGUCUGUACUGUGGCAGGAAUAGUGGCAACAAAGGCCUUUUUGUUGCAUUUGCACGACAGAGCUGCGGACGCUCCAAGUCUCCCUAUUUUCCAGGGAUAGCCCCGGAUUUACAGAAGCCAUCCCGGUUUCUGAUUUGAUCCUGGAAUGUCCCGCUUUUUUUUUAGCAUGUCCCUAUUUUCACCAGAUAACUGUUGGAGGGUGUGGAGUUGUGUGACCCCCGAGCCAAGGAGUUAAGUAACUAUACAAAGUUUAGACUCCCUCCUUUCCUUCCCAGCCCUACCUUUGGUCCACCAAUAUUCCAGUCCUCUUGCCUGUGAAACUUUCAUGAAGCAUCUAAAAUAGCACAAAUAGCACUGCCUUAAAUAUAUAUAUAUUACUGCUUAGACCUUCUAGAGUUGGGCUGCCCACCCACUUAAAUUUGUGGUUAAAACUAUGGUUUGUUUUCAACUCAGGAAUUAAUGAACCCAAGCUAGUCAUGUCCAUUAACUUCAGUGGGUCUGCUCAGAGUAAGGGCUUUCCCCCCACAGCUGGAACUCAGUUCCGGCACCUCUCAGGUAGGCACCAUUGCCAUUAUAAGAGAGGCAUUCAUGGUGAGCUCCAGAGCAUCUUUUUCUGCAAAAAUAGCACUGCUCAGAAAAGACUAGCGUUGACUAUCACACUUGUAUUCUCUUGUGCCAAUUUACAGUUCAGGUAGGGAUCAAGUCAGCCUACCUUAACCAAGUGGUGGCUGGUCCUUGUGGUUACUGUAGGGGAUAUCCCUUAACUUGGAGAUCUCAGAGGUGACUCAAUUUAAAAAUAAAAGGCUGGGUUGGGAGGAAGUGAGCAAACAGAGAUAAGCAAGCUAUGGGUCUCUAUGUCACAGGCUGACACAAAAAGAAAUUGGUUGGUUUUGGGUAGAUAAGAAAUAAAAACAAAGAAAUGAAGAAUGGCCAGGUGGAGAUGCAAAAGCUUGGAGGGUGACAUGGACAGAAGGUCCUAGCAGUCGUGGUUCUUCCUUUCUUAGUUUCAUCACUCUGCGCCCUAAAAUGUGUGGAAACAAAAUGGGCAGAAACAUGUGUGAGUAGGAUCCAAAUUAGUUUAGUUCCAAGCAGGCCUUUUUCCCCAGCAGGAGCUCACUGGAGCUCUGGCACCUUUCAGGUGGGCACCAUUGCCAUUCUGAGAUAACAACGGAGGGUCCAUGGCACCUCUUUUUCUAGAAAUAUAGUACUGGUUCCAAGUUGCUAUGUAACUCACAUUUGUCUUUCCGGCACUGUGGUCUAAACCACAGAGCCUAGGGCUUGCCGAUCAGAAGGUUGGCGGUUCGAACCCCCGCGAUGGGGUGAGCUCCUGUUGCUUGGUCCCUGCUCCUGCCAACCUAGCAGUUUGUAAGCAUGUCAAGUGCAAGUAGAUAAACAGGUACCACUCCGACAGGAAGGUAAACGGUGUUUCCAUGCGCUGUUCUGGUCUGCCAGAAGCAGCUUAGUCAUGCUGGCCACGUGACCCGGAAGCUGUACGCCGGCUCCCUUGGCCAAUAAAGUGAGAUAAGCGCCACAACCCCAGAGUCGUCCGCGACUGGACCUAAUGGUCAGGGGUCCCUUUACCUUAUCCCCAAAAUAAACCAAGCCACCACGUGUAAGUGCUCUUACCACAAAGGUUAUGAAUGAUUUUAGACAGUUCAGUGCGAGAAAAUACUUCAGAUUUUCUUUAAAGGAAGACUCAAGAGGAGAUAAGAGUGUCAUUUGUUUUGUUUUUUUGUUUUUUGACAGUUUAAUAGCUUCACAUUGGUCUGUGAUUAGUUCAGAAUCUUUUCCUCUGUAUUUUAAUUGUCACUAUCCAUGGGCGAGAAAACAUGCAACAGCCCUGUCUCUCCAUGAGGGCUCAUCACCACUAAAGACACUAUCCUUUUAAAGAACACUUACAGAUCACCCAAGAUGUCUGUUGCAACAGAAAUUGUCUUGCUCCUCCCAUCCCUACCAUUCUAUAAACUCCCCCCACCCUCCCGCUCCCCCCUUUCUGCAGCGGAGCCAUUCCUGGUUGUCGUAAAGAAGGCUGUGGUUCAUAUUCCCUGUGGACUAUGUCAGUGGCAAGAGCUUCUGGGAUCCUGUCCCCCAACACAGAAAAGUAGAUGCGGUCAAGGUUGUUCCUUUUUCUACCUGGGAUGAAUUUAGGGAGGAGAUGCAGCUGAAGAGGCCAGUUAAAUGAAAGAACAACAUGACAAGACGGACGAGAGGGAGAUAACAGAGGGUAAUAUUGGUUGCCAACCCGAAACAUCCCCCGAGAUUUCUCUCCAAAGGUCUCCAAAUACUCAGGCGAUACUAGCAAGCAAAGAAUCACAACACCCCACCAGGUUAGGGUGUUUUCUUUUUAUUCCUAUUGUACAGCUGGGGAAACAGAAAGCACAAGGUGGCACAGCAUGCCCAAAUAAGGUCCCAAGGGGGAAAAAACCCCUCCAAAGUCUUCAGUUCACCUAUUUGCGUUGGCCAUCAGACAGCCCUCUGUGGAAGGGGAGCAAAACCAUAGGGAGAGCAAUGGAGAAAUAUACCAUGGCAGCAAAAGUAGAGGAAUCAGGACACAUGGGCAGAAAUGCAAAAGAUGCUAACAUUUUUUUAUAUUUUUUUCUUUUGCAUAGAGAAUAUUUUCCCCCAUUCAAUUUUUUUUGUGUGUUUUUCUUUCCCUGCCUUUUCAAUUUUUUUGUUUAGGUUUUUUUAUUUUAUUAAAAAAAGAGAGUAGUGGUAAAGUCAACCACUUUUUUGGGGGGGGGGCUGCUGGAGGUUGCCAGGGAAAAGGCCUUGUCAGGCUUGUUUGUUCCCACAGAGUCCGAGUUUGUGCUGUGCUUUAUUGAACACAGAGCUUUGUUUUCAGUGAGCACAAUGCGAUUCGAACAGUACAGACGGUGCGUUCUUUUAUCUACACGAUGAGGUGAGCCUGUUUCAAUCACUAGCAUGAUGAAGAUGGAGAAUGGGCUUAUAUACAAGAGGAAUUGCCUUCACAUUACAAACAUCAUCUUCCUACAAAGCAGCAAAUUUCCCCCCGCAAAUAACAAAAUAUUAAAUAAUUUUUGCAUUUCCCGCAUUGUCCAGUCCAGUUGAAUCUAUAUGAAUAUUGAUGGUUGUCUUCCGUAGAAUAUCAUCACGUAAAUCCCCCUUGUCAGUUACUAAACUUAACUAUAAUACUGCUUUACAAUGCAGCCCACCAACUGUAACUCAAAACAGCAGGGGCCAACACAAGAAAUUCUUUGGCAAAUGUAAUACACAUUUGCAGGUGGCUCUUCAGAAGACAAGGUGGAAAGACUAAGACUCAGCCUAGUAGUCCUUUGCAUAGGAUGUUCCAAAUAGAAUUGCUUACUCUCUUUAUGAUCAUGCCAGGCCAAAUCAAAAUCAAGGUAACAUUAUCUAUGUCAGCGGGCCCCAAAUCAAGCCAGUGGCUAUGGACAGACACAUAUUCCCCUUCUUUUCUACCAGUGUAAGUAAAAGACCAUGACUAAUCUCAGUUGCAUCUUCCUUUAUUUGUGUUUUCCUGUUCUUAUACUCUUGCUUUUCUGGGCUAGCCAAAGUUGGGGCUUCAAGGACCUAACAAGUUUUCAGUUGACCCAGUUAGCUAUUUUCCUUCCCGGACAUUCUGGGGUACAUUUAACACUAGUCAAAUGGGCAAUAGUACAUGUGCCGUUCCCCAAACAGAGUCAUAAAUACAGGCAUGAGCAACUGGUGUGUAUGUGUGUGUUUAAAUUGUUGAGCGAUGUAGGGACCCUAGCUGGAUAAAGCUGAAUUUGGGAUGAGGUUUGAGGAAGCACUGAAAGUUUCUAUUUGCCCAAUAUUUCUUUGUGUGCACUGGAUGAGAUAAAAAAGCAGGUAUAUUUACAGAAUGAUUUCCUGCUACAACCUUAUAAUUUGGGGGUGUUAAUGGCAUACAGUAUAUAGCACAGAUGUGGAUAUAGGUAACUUCCGUAGGCCUGGAACAUAAAAGCUUGUUCUUGUGAGUGUCUGUGACAAGCAAACAAUUGUUUGAAUCAUCUCAGACAAAUAUAGGUGAAUUAAAAGAGAGUUGGUCAAUUCACCUGGGGCAAGCAGGUUACAGAGAAAAAUGGAAAGGCGCCAUUGGAAUUCCUGGCGAUCAACAUGCUUUGUUGAUCCCUAUAAAAGGGGUUUAUAAAGCAAAAGUAUUGCCCCAAAUACAGAGAUCUCUUAUUUCCCCUCGGAUAUGGCAAUUUAGAAAAAGAAAACAGGGCUAAAAACCUUCUGCUUUACACUAGUUUGAAAUUUGGUCCGCACUCUGCCAUCUGGAGAUGUAAACUGGAGGAGGAUGUUGUGUUCGCCCCAUGAAUGCUUUCCCUUUCCCCUGUUGAUAACUGCUCACCACAUACCAGAUUUAUGAAAUAUAAAAUGUGAGCAAAUUUUGUUCUGCCAUCUUCUGCUUAAAUGUCACCCUUCACAGCCAACCCUGCUGCAAAUUCCACAUGCAAAAACAAUGUCUGUAAACCAUCAGUUAAUGCAGAUGUGCCUUUCUGCAUGAAAUGGCUCCAAUCUGCAUGUUUAUUUUUGAUCCUGGCAUUUUGAGAGUUUGCAUAAUUUGGGAUUUUUUAACCAUAGGAUAUUUCAUGGUGUGGUCGCAAGAGGAGACGAGCGCUGCUUACGGAACUUAAAGCGGAUGCCAAGAUAAGAGGAUGGAGAGUGAUGCAGGAUCCCACCUCUCUGCUGCAGCAACCUUUUAUAAGAACGGUAACUGCGUGUUUUCAUCUAUGGGUCCACAAAGACAGGAAAUUAGCCUUAAAAUUAAAAAAGAGUGAACUUCUUAGAAAUCCAAAUUCUGCUCAGUUUUUAGGCAUGCAGAAACAAGGAAAUGAACAGCCCCCAGGAAUAGGGAAGCUGCUGCGCUGA